AUGUCGACCACUCAGGAAGAGCCAGAUAAGGCUGCGCAGCCUACAAAUGAGACUCCGGUGCCGGACACUGGAACUCAAGAUACCGCUGAAGCUACCACAAGCUCUGAUGCGACACCGCCCAAGUCUUCACUCUGCGGCGUGUGCAAUGUGAACCCGCCCAAGUACAAAUGCCCACGAUGCUAUCUCCCAUAUUGCUCCGUUGCUUGCAACAAGACACAUCGCGAGAACCAUCCACCCGAUCCCGAGCCCGCGCCCAAACCUGAGCAACCCCAACUGCAGCAGCAACCCUCAGAACCGCGACAACCAUUCAACCCCUCGAACCCCUUCCGCGCUCUCGAAUCCUCCGACAAGCUGCGCCAGCUCUUCCAGAAAUAUCCCCACCUGCCCGACCAGCUUCUUCAGAUCCACGCCGCUACCCUCCCACCACCCGAGACCAAGUCUGCCAUUCCUGCCUCCCUCCUCAAGGGCCUACCACCAAAGAAAGAGACCUGGAACCACGAUAUAGGAAUACAGAAUGGCAAGGAGGCUUUACGCAAGGCCCGCCGCGCCGACGGCGAGGAGGGCGAUGCAAUUCGCGAGUACUCGGAGCUGAUUCUGCAUCUCAUGAACACCGAUAACGCUGAAGCCGAUGUCGGUGACAUACUACGCCAGCAACUCGCGCAGGAGGAUACGAAGCUUAUCGAACGCUUAAUGGCACAGGAAAAGCGCUGA